GUUUUGCUACAAGAUGGCCUCUCGACUUCUCACCACUUCAUCCCCAGUCGACUCUUCACAGACGCCAUGAUUUGCUACACUUUCUCGAUCAAAACCCCCGAAUCUCAUCUCACAAUCUACCUAGCUCUCAAUUUGCUUCUCACACUCUUGAACAAAAGUAUUCUUUGUCAAUAUCCAUACCCAUGGCUUCUCACAGCCUGGCACGCACUAUGUUCCUCAAUGGGCACAUAUUUUUCUCGACGACUUGAUUCUCGAAAUCUCGAAUAUCGAAAUCAAAGAAAGAAUUACUGCAUACUCUUGUUUUCAAUUCUAUACACAGUUAAUAUUGCGGUCAGCAAUGUCUCACUUGGAAUAAUGACUAUCCCCGACCACCUAGUAAUACGCUCCACCAUCCCCAUUUUCGUCCUCAUCCUCUCUCUUCUUUUCCAUGUACAUACCAAACCCUACUCGCCUCUCACCAUCUCCUCUCUCCUCCCUCUCACUCUCGGCGUCCUCCUCGUCUCCCACGACUCCCUCACCCUCACCCUCGACACCACGAUACUUUGUCUUCUCGGCGCCCUCCUCUCCGCCUGCAAAACCCUCUCAACCAACUCCCUCCAAACCCACCUCUCCAUCCCCGCCCUAACAAUUAUCCGCCACGUCGCCCCCCUCGCCGGCAUCCAAGCCACAAUCUGGUCCUACAUGAACGGCGAAAUCGACGAAUUUCUCGUAAAACAGAUAUCCUCCACUUCUUCUCCCCUCUCGACCUCUUCUUCCGGCAUCUGUCUCAUCCUCACAAACGGCCUCGUAGCAUUCCUAUUAAACUGGUCGAGCUUCACCACAAACAAAACGGCAGGCGCGCUUACCAUGGCCGUGUUGGGGAAUAUUAAACAGGUCAUCUCGAUUGCCAUUUCGAUUGUGGUUUUUAAAGAUGCGAAUGCAUCGUUCACAGGAUUCGCUCAUAUAUUCGGGAUAAUAUUGGCGCUGGGAGGGGGACUUCUUUAUAGCUUGGUGGAAGUUGGGACGUUUGAGCAUUCGAAGAAAAACAUAUUUGGCCAUUCAAAGGAUGGCUUCUGCAGAAAUGCGGAGAAAGACAUAGGGAAUCGAAAGGCGGUAUCUAUGUUACAUGGACUGAAACCUUGUCACUUUUGGGAAGUGAAAAGAUGGUGUAUCGGGUUUUCUCGGCUCACUAUUAUUAUCUGUUGUAGUUUGGCUUUUGCUUUUACUGUUCUAUUAUUUUGGGUUUCUUUUUCGUAGGUUUAGUUAUUUUGAUUUUUGCUUUUGAUUUGAACAGAAUUCAUUUGGUUCA